AUGGUGCGCAACAUGGAUGAGUUGGAGGACUUUGACUUUCAGAUUCAGACUCCUGCUUCUCAUCCUGGUCCACAGGAAGAACGAGCCCUGUAUGGGUUCGUAAUGUACAUUAGCUCUUUCAUAUUGUUUGGUAUCUACUUGAUCUUCGCGUUCGUGCCUCGAGAUUGGCUCUCAAUGAUCGGCGUCACUUACUUACCUCACAGACAUUGGGCUAUCACAUUUCCUAUUGCACUUACCGCGACUGGCGUCGGUUUCCUAUUCUGCUAUACACUAUGUCAUUUUCAGCUUACGCAACCGUUGACUUCGAUUUACCAGAUUCGUGAUCGACUCUCAAUACGUCCUUCAAAUCAGACUUUGUCGAAGGCAUCUGUUAUCCCUCCCUAUCUUGACUACUGUUCAACCACGGUGAAUCGAGAGUUAUACUUGCAUCCCGCACAAAAGCUGGAUCUCUCAUAG